AUGAUGAACGACCUCAUAAUGCAAGCCCAUCUGAUGCAUCUGCUAUGCCAAUACACUAUAUUGGCUGAUUGUUUUGAAACAAUAAUCGAUGACUGUAUCGAUAGCGAAAACAAAAUUGAGCGUUCAAAACUGGUAAUGACAGAGAAGUUUAGAGAGAGAUAUUUGAAGCGGUUAAAUGAUUUGGUGGAGCAGCAUAAAUUAAUUUUAAACAAUACAAUGGAGUUAAAAAAAUCCUUAAGUGUCCCCAUGUUGGGACAGUUGGCAGCAAGUACUAUGCUUAUUUGCUGUGUUAGCUUUCAAGCCACGAGGAGUGAAAACAUAUCCAAAGCGAUUUACUGUUCAGGAUGGGAGUGUGGUUUGAUGGCGACGAAAGGUGUUCGUGCCAGACUGAUGUUCGCUGUGAUGCGAGCUCGUAAACCCCUCGUACUUAGUGCCGGCGGACUCUUUGAUCUGUCACUAGUCUCUUAUACGACGGAAAAAAACAAGAAAGUUUUUAAAUACUUGGCAUCAGCGAUGAAUUCAUCAAAUCUGGAUAUAUCAACUACCGAAAGAAAAGAUAUAUUCUAUUCAUGGGGAAAAAGAAACAAGCAAUCGCUUAAAUUACUCAUAUUUUUGGGUACAUGCACCCUCGUUUUCUGGUUCUUUUACCCUUUGUUUGAUGAUGCGGAAUACAACCUUAUAAUAGUAAUCAGUCUGCCUUUCGACUACCGAACCCCGGCCCUCUAUCCGGUCACAUACAUAACUACAUUCAUUGUGUUCAUGUACAUAGCUUACUUCGUGAUGUUACACGAUCUUGUUAUACAAGUCUAUUUGGUACACCUCAUUUGUCAACUUGCGAUUCUAAAUGACUGCUUCGAAAAUAUACUGCAAGAUUGUAAGAAGGGAUUUUCAAAAGAACAACUAGAUUCUAUUUACUUGAAUGAAGAAUUCGUACAAAAAUAUGUCAAGAGACUGGGAAAAUUAGUGGAUCAACAUACAUUCAUUAUAAAUAACACUUUAAAGCUGAGAGACAUACUGAGCACUCCCAUGUUACUGCAAGUAGCAGUUAGUACGACACUUAUUUGCUCCAUCGGUUUCCAAAUUGCUACAGUAAAUAUGAAUUUUCUAGCUAUACAUAUAGUCUAG